AUGGCUUCGCCCUCUCCCCCAUCCCCGGGGCUGCAGCAGCAGCAGCAGCAGCAACCUCAUCAACAGCAGCAGCAGUUGCCGCUGCUGCAGCUACUCCAGCAGCAGCAGCAGCACCAACAGCAUCGAGAACAGCAGCAGCAGCAGCAGCAGCAGCAGCAGCAGCAGCAGCAGCAGCAGCUGUGGCUGCCCACCCCGCUGACCCCACACUUGAGUCUUCCUGAGUUUUCUGAGGUGUGCGGCAGCGGAUGCGUCACGGCCUUUCUUUCUUCGCUGCUAAACCGCUGCCAACACCCGGGGGACCCCCCAGGGUACCAGGGGGCCCCUGGAGGCCCUUUGGGGGCCCCUCAGGACUCUUUAGGGGCCCCCAAAGACCCUUUGGGGGCCCCUAAAGGGUCUUUGGGGGCCCCCAAAGACCCUUUAGGGGCCCCACAAGACCCUCUAGGGGCCCCACAAGACCCCUCUGGGGCCCCACAAGACCCUUUGGGGGCCCCCAAAGACCCUUUGGGGGCUUCCAAAGACCCUUUGGGGGCCCCCAAAGACCCUUUGGGGGCCCCCAAAGACCCUUUGGGGGCCCCCGAAGACCCUUUGGGGGCCCCACAAGACCCUGUAGGGGCCCCACAAGACCCUGUAGGGGCCGCACAAGACCCUUUGGGAGCCCCACAAGACCCUUUGGGGGCUUCUAAAGACCCUUUGGGGGCCCCCAAAGACCCUUUGGGGGCCCCCAAAGACCCUGUAGGGGCCCCUGAAGACCCUUUGGGGGCUCUCAAAGACCCUUUGGGGGCCCCACAAGACCCUUUAGGGGCCCCCAAAGACCCUGUGGGGGCCCCCAGAGACCCUGUGGGGGCCCCCAAAGACCCUGUGGGGGCCCCACAAGACCCUUUAGGAGCCCCCAAAGACCGUUGGGGGUCCCUAAAAGACCCUUUGGGGGCUUCUAAAGACCCUUUGGGGGUCCCCAAAGACCCUUUGGGGGCCCCCAAAGACCCUUUGGGGGCCCCGGAAGACCCUCUAGGGGCCCCACAAGACCCCUCUGGGGCCCCACAAGACCCUUUGGGGGCCCCCAAAGAGCCUUUGGGGGCCCCCAAAGGCCGUUGGGGGGCCCUAAAAGACCCUUUGGGGGCCCCCAAAGAGCCUUUGGGGGCCCCCGGAGUUUGUGCGUGUUUGUCGCCGGUGGUGUUUGGAGUGGAUUUGCAAAAUGCUGCAGCAAAAUCUACAAAAAGAACUUUUGAAUUAAAUUGCUGCGGAGAGAAGCAGGAGGUUCUCCUGGCAAACCUCUUCACCGCCUUCAGGGGCCCCACAGCCAGCAGCAGCAGCAGCAGCAGCAGCAGCAGCAGCAGCAGCAGCAGCGGCAGCAGCAGCGGCAGCAGCAGCAGUUUCAGCAGCGGAGGAGGAGGAGGGGAUAUUAAGGAGGCGGCACAGAGAGAGGCAUUUUUUGAUUUGAUUCUCUUCAACCCUCCCUAUGUCCCCGGGAGCCCCCGGGCCAAAGUGGCCCCCGCAGACCUGCCCUGGUGGGGCGGCCGCCGCGGCCGCGCAGUGACCGACAAGUUUCUGGCAAAUGUACCGGACUUUUUGAGCCCGAAGGGAAUUUUGUAUUUGCUGCUGGAGCAAAGAAACGAGCCCGAGGAAAUCGUGGAGGACUUCAAGCAGAAAGGCUGGAGUACAAAGGUGCUGCUUUUUUGA